GCAUCCUCCUGGUGGAGCUGCUGUGCUUCCGCGAAGAAAAACAGUCGGAGGAAGCCAGCUAGACGAGCCGAGGGAAAGUUAUGGACAGACGUUUUCUAAAGAUGGACGUUAUUCUUCGGCUUCCCGUGCAGAAAUAGUAGGAGCUAUCCCCAUGUCUACGGAGCCGGCCUCGGUAACAUCUACGAGAAAGGGCUGGAUUUAAGCCCCGGCAGCUACGUUUAGCAACCAGGCUCGGAAGCUAAUUUACUAGCUUGUUUUAGCUAGUAAUGUCUCAGACGCUACCACCUUCCGAUAUGCUGGAAACGCCACCUGGAUAUCCAUUUGAAGAGAUCAAUUAUGAGGAUAUUGAAGUGGAGGAGGUGGUGGGCAGAGGUGCGUUCGGGGUGGUCUGCAAAGCCAAGUGGAAAGGCAAAGAUGUUGCAAUCAAGACCAUCGAGAGUGAGUCGGAGAGGAAAGCCUUUAUUGUUGAGCUGAGACAGCUUUCUCGUGUGAACCACCCAAACAUCGUGAAGUUGUACGGCUCCUGUAAAAACCCGGUCUGUCUUGUGAUGGAAUACGCAGAAGGAGGAUCCUUGUACAAUGUGCUGCAUGGUGCUGAACCCCUCCCCUAUUACACUGCUUCCCAUGCCAUGAGCUGGUGCUUACAGUGUUCCCGGGGGGUGUCCUAUCUCCAUGGCAUGAAACCAAAGGCUCUCAUUCACAGGGACCUCAAGCCACCCAACCUGCUCCUGGUGGCGGGCGGCACCGUGCUGAAGAUCUGUGACUUUGGGACAGCGUGUGACAUCCAGACCCACAUGACCAACAACAAAGGAAGUGCUGCGUGGAUGGCUCCCGAGGUGUUUGAAGGCAACAAUUACAGCGAGAAGUGUGACGUGUUCAGCUGGGGAAUCAUUCUCUGGGAGGUCAUCACUCGCAGGAAACCUUUUGAUGAGAUUGGUGGGCCAGCUUUUCGCAUUAUGUGGGCUGUGCACAACGGUACAAGACCUCCGUUGAUCAAAAACUUACCCAAACCCAUUGAGAGCCUGAUGACCCGCUGCUGGUCUAAAGACCCAUCUCAGAGGCCUUCCAUGGAGGAGAUAGUGAAGAUCAUGACUCAUCUUAUGAAGUAUUUCCCAGGAUCUGAUGAGCCUCUGCAGUAUCCAUACCAGUAUUUAGACGAGGGACAGAGCAACUCUGCGAACAGUACAGUCUCAGGCUUGGACUAUACUGGCACCAGCACAAGCAACAAAAGUGAUGUGAACAUGGAGCACAGUGAUUCUCAAGGAAGCAAUGACACCAUCAAGAUCACGCCUCAGUUUGCACCUUAUUUCAAACCAAAGGGAGACCCGUCCAGGACCCUGCCUUUGUCCGGGGGGGACAGUGUCGAGAGCCUGCCUACACGAACUCAUUGCUUGACUUCCUCCGACAGCAAAAGAAUGAGCACUGACCUGUCUGAGUUGGAGCCCAAGAUGCCGUUUGCACCUGCAGCACGCCCCCUGUAUAAGCGAGGCCACCGUAAAACUGCAUCCUAUGGAACCAUUCUGGAUAUCCCCAAGAUCAUCGUCACAGGCACAAUUGAUGCACAGAGGCGUCGUUCUGUCCAGGAUCUGUCAGCCAUCGGCACAGAGUCCAACCAGGGGAGCAGAAGCAGCAGCCGGUCAUCCAGUCCUAGCGUCAGGAUGCCUUCUGACAAGACCAGCACCAGGGAAUACUUCCCCCGUGAUGAUCCCACAGACACUAAUAGCUCAGACAACUCCAUUCCCAUGGCGUAUCUCACUCUGGAUCAUCAGCUGCAGCCUCUCGCUCCGUGUCCAAACUCCAAAGAGUCCAUGGCUGUGUUUGAGCAGCACUGCAAGAUGGCCCAGGAAUACCUGAAAGUGCAAACAGAGAUAGCCCUGCUGAUCCAGAGGAAGAAGGAGCUCAUUGCUGAAUUGGACCAAGACGAGAAGGACCAGCAGAACACUUCCCGUCUGGUGCAGGAGCACAAAAAGCUGCUGGAGGAGAACAAAAGUCUGUCCACGUACUACCAGAAGUGCAAAAAACAGCUGGAGCUCAUCCGGGUGCAGCAGCAAAAGAGACAGGGGACAUCAUGAAGAGACAGAGACAACGCACCUACUUUCUCACACUGUCUACCCAUCCACCUCUUCUUCUGCACAGCUACACUACACAGCCUGCUUCCACACACACACACACACACACACACACACACACACACCCAGUCCAAGUCCAGCUUCAGACAGGCCUACUGUCUACUGUGUCCUGCAUGUUGCACUGUAGACACGGGGGGGGGGGCAACGUGUGUCCUCUGUUCAAACAUCCUGCUGGACCCAAACCACCACAUCCAGGACUGACCAGGACCCAGCAAGGACGUCUGGACUGUGUCUCCUCCCUGAGAUAAAUAUUCUCCUCGGAUCGGUCCUUCCUCCACCUGCGAACCCUCCUCCAAGCCUCUGCUCCGACAUCGCUGCAGGAGUGUGUCUUCAGCUUCCAGAGCAAACACACACACACACACACCGCUGUGGGUCCUCUUAUUGUUUAACCUCAGUAUUGUUUUUGAGUGUCGAUGUUUUUGUACUUUUUAUCGAGUAGUUGACCUGGUGAGUAGCUCCUGUGACCUUCUAGCUUUAGGUCAUGCUGGGUUGGUUUGGAGGGCGACUUGAGGAAGCUGCACCGUGGCAUACAGAAUGUUUUGUUGUAGUUCACAUGUUGCCUUAGUGGUUGCCUGCGUUUAACUACUUGUUGUGACAACUAGUACGGAUAAAGGAAAUGUACUUUUAAUGUAACGGACAUGAUGGGAAUAUUUUCUGGGUGUGGGGUGUGUCGGUAAGCUGAUAACGUAAAUGUUCCCACCGGCUCCACUUCGGGACUUUCAUGCAUUGUUUUUUGCACAGUCAUCUCCUUCAGUUUGGCCGAGUGCUAAUUUCAUUUCUUUUUAAACUUUUUGUUUUUAAAAGUGAGAGACUUGAGUCUUACUUUUUAAAUUCAUCACUUUCGCUCACGAUUUGGUUUUCCUGGACACACGAGCGCCGUUUGAGACUUCCUGUGUUCUGGGAGGAGAUUCAGGAUUACCUUCAACAAGGCAGUGAAAUAAACUGAACGAUGAAAGCGCA